UGGGAUGAUCUAUAGGUUCUUCAUCCAGACAGAGAACGGGGAGGAAGUGAGCAUCACCGUAACCCCAUGCGUUUCCGCCCUAUCCUGGACGGUGCGGUUCCGAUCUCAUACCGACGAAGACAAUUUCAAUGACUUUCACGGGCAGUGGUCGGCAGUGGUUUGGGCCCAGUAUAACUCCCGCUUCCAGAGGACCUUCCACAAGGCCAACUUGGAGAAAGGUGUGGUGCUGGUGGAGGUGCGGCCGAUGGACCGGGAUUCCUACGUCCACCUCUUCACGAGCAAGAAGAAUCACUUGCUGACGAAGAAGGACCUGCCUUGGGCCAACCUCACCGUCCUGGACAGGGGACUGCGACACUCUGCCACCAUUCAUUGGAAUCGCAGAUGGGAAGACAACCUAUCGUAUUGCCUGGUGAUGAACCCGCGGCGUUUCUACAACACGCUGUGCGAAGCGCAGGCGGAACGGCACGGGAUGUCGCAGGUCGCGUACAACAUCGUGAAGGGGAACGGGACCAAGACGAAGGUCCCCGUCCGUCGCUUCCUCAACGGCACCGCCUCGGACAUCGUCCUCGGCUGCGUCGACCGGAACAACACCUACACCUUGGCGAACCUCGCCGACGGUCGCACGUAUUUCUUGAACCUGUUCGCCGUGGACACAGAGACCAAGGUGCCUUUCCUGUACGGCAAGGCCACCAUCAUGUACCAGCACGACCCGCCCUGGACGAGUCUCCGACCCGAAGACGGUCUUCACGUCCUGGGGAUCGGCACGCGGAACCCGGGCCCGGGGAUGCAUCUGUACACGAGGGCCUUAGCGGAAGAAAGCUUCCCCACGACGGCGACUCCCAAGGCGAUCAUCACCAUCCGGCACAGGAAACGCCGAAAGAGGUUGAAACGAUUACGCUUGCGCGACGGAAAGGAGGAGACGGCCACGGUCAAGACCACGAAGUAUUUGAGAUAUAAGGUCCGAAAGUCGGAGCUCUACUUGGGGAUCUGGUCUUGCGAAGGACUGACGACCGUGGAGUUGAUGCAAGAGAAGUCCUUGGUCUUGCCUAAAGUCACGGUUCGGGACCACCAGUAUUUCCACCUCAAGGAACUCACCGAAUCGUGGCUGGAGUUGAAACUAGGAUCACCGGAGGGGAUCCCGGAGUCCGUUCACGUGGCCGUCGGUCGAAACCAGAAGAGGUUUCCCUAUCCCGUUUUACCGAAAGACACGCGAGUGCGGACGAGUCGAAUGGAGUGCAGAUCGGCCCUUUUAUUAUGGGUCCCCUCACCCGACCCCUAUUCCCAAACGUACUGCCUCGUCGUCCACGAGGUCACUGCCAAAGACAACGCCACCCUCGAAGGAUCGCUCGGUCAGUGCCUCAUCAACGAACGCUACUCCGCGUCCAAGUUGGCCUGCAGGCUGCGAUCUCUACAGACUGCGACAUUCCUUCAAUUCUCUGUUUUGCAGCAACGCGACGUUCGAGUGGGUGAGAGGGCUGUCACCAGCGACUACAUACCGAGUAAGAGUGCUGGUGAAGAAGACCUCAUCGUCCCGGAUCCUGUCCUAUCAGCCCCUCCUCUUCACCACCCCCACCGACUGCACCUGAACCUCCCCUCGGAAGAUGGCGAGAUCCUCCCCUCUACCCGUUGCAUCUAA